AUGCGACGAGUUGUCGUGACAGGUCUAGGCGCCAUCAGCCCUCUGGGGGUUGGCGCGCACAGGACAUGGCAGCGCCUCCUGGCUGGCCAGUCUGGCAUUGUUGAUGUCUCUGCAGUCGAGCCUCAGACCCAGUGGAAAGGUCUUCCCAGCUCUGUUGCCGGGGUCGUGCCCAGUGGCAGCACUGGCAAAGCAGACGGGAGGUGGGGCCCCUCGGACUGGCUCGAUGCCGGGGAGCAGAGGCGCAUGUCCAGAUUCGCCCAGUACGCCGUCGCUGCUACGAGCAUGGCACUUGAACAUGCUGGCUGGAACCCCUCCAGCCAGGCUGAGCUUGAGGCUACUGGAGUGUGCCUCGGGAGCGGGAUAGGCAACCUGGACGACAUGUACUCGACUAGCGUCGCCUUCGACAAAGAUGGUUACAAGAAAGUAUCUCCGUUGUUUGUCCCCAAGAUCCUCAUCAAUCUCGCCGCCGGCCACAUUUCCAUGAAGUAUGGCUUUCAGGGGCCCAAUCACUCCGCCACCACGGCCUGUACCACCGGCGCCCACUCCAUUGGGGACGCCUCCCGCUUUAUUGCCUUUGGCGAUGCGGAUGUCAUGAUCGCCGGUGGUGCGGAGUCUUGUAUACACCCCCUGACCUUCGCUGGUUUCGGAAGGUCGAGGUCCCUAUCCACCGCCUUCAACCAUGAUCCCAGCUCCAGCUGCCGCCCCUUCGAUAAGGACCGCGACGGUUUUGUCGUUGCUGAGGGCGCCGCUGUCCUCGUUCUGGAAGAGCUUGAGCACGCCAGGGCCAGAGGUGCAAACAUUCUGGCCGAACUGGCCGGCUACGGCUGCAGUGGCGACGCGCACCACAUGACAGCGCCCCGAGAGGACGGUUCAGGGGCCCUGCUGGCCAUGAAACGGGCCCUGAGGAACGCAGAUGUCAAACCACGCCAGGUCGACUAUAUCAACGCUCAUGCGACGAGCACCCCCAUUGGCGACGCGGCAGAGGCUAGGGCCAUCGGUACCCUGAUGCUGGGCGAGGAAGGCGUGGAGAAGGACAGCCAGGUCACCGUGAGCAGCACGAAAGGUGCGGUCGGCCACCUGCUUGGUGCGGCUGGUGCGAUCGAGGCUUUGUUUUGUGUGCUUGCAAUCACAGAUAAUGCCGUUCCUCCAACACUGAACCUGCACAGCCCGAAUGUGGGCACAGACUUCAACUUCGUACCUCUCCAGUCGCAAGACAGGCAGGUCGAUGUUGCCAUGUCCAACUCUUUCGGCUUUGGUGGCACCAAUUCGUCCCUGGUCUUCUCACGGUACAGGUAA